AUGAAUGCGUCAACGAGUCUGAAGGUGCGCCUGCCGGCGCUAGUGCUAGUGUCAGAGGUUGUCAUGAUAGCUCUUUAUGCUGUUUUUGUCACAUAUGACGACAAUGCCAAUGCUAAGUUUCAAAACAAUCAGACCAACCCGAUGGAGAACUCCGUGUAUCGAGACUAUCCCUACUUUGCAGAUGUGCAGGUGAUGAUCUUCGUAGGCUUCGGCUGCCUGCUGGCCUUCUUCCGAUUCUACGGCUUCAGUGGAAUGGUCUUCAACUUUCUUACGGCUACAUUUUCAAUCCAGUGGGCGAUCCUGAUGCAAGGUUUCUUCCAGUUUUACUAUGAUGGUAAAAUUCACCUGGGAGUGAUCAACCUGCUGAACGCAGAGUUUGCCUGUGCUGUUGUGCUCAUCUCAUUCGGAGCCGUGCUCGGGAAGACCGGUCCUGUUCAGCUCCUGGUCAUGGCUCUGCUGGAGGUCCCUAUCUUUGCAGUGACAGAAUGGGCUGUAUUAAAAUACAUUAGAAUCAACGAUGCAGGUGGCACCAUUCUUAUUCACCUGUUUGCUUGCUACUUUGGCCUUGGGGUGACAUUUAUACUCUACCGCCCGAGCCUGAACGAGGGACAUUCUAAAGAGACCACUAGUUAUAACUCUGACAUCCUCUCUGUCAUGGGAACCUUGUUCCUCUGGGUGUUCUGGCCGUCAUUUAACUCCGCUCUGACCUUUAAGGGUGACGAUCAACACAGAGCAAUACUCCACACUUUUAUAGGUCUUAGCUCAUCCACUAUCACCGCCUUCGCUCUCUCCGCAGCGUUCAACAAGAGAGGCAAGCUCACAAUGGCUGAUAUUCAGAAUGUGACUCUGGCAGGUGGUGUGACUGUCGGGGCUUCUGUGGACAUGAUGAUAUCCCCUGUAGCUGCUUUCGCCCUGGGCAUUAUGGGCUGCACUGCCUGCUUCUUCGGAUACAAGUACCUGACCCCCUUUUUGGCCCGCCGCCUGAGGAUCCAAGAUCAGUGUGGUAUUCACAACCUCCACGGCCUCACUGGCCUCAUAUCAUCCACAGCAGGGAUCUGUGCCAUUCUCCUCGCCACUGAGGAAACCUACGGGCCCAGCAUGUACCAGAUCUUUUCCCACCGUGCCCCGCCCGAGGGAGAUCCAAAGCUUCUGGAGCUGCAGAGGCUGAUUCCUGGGCUGAAGCCGGGCUUGGGUCGUACUGCGAAUGAACAAGCUCUGUACCAGGUGGCAGCUGUCUUUACUACGAUCGCAGCGUCAGCAGUCGGUGGGAUGCUCACCGGUUUGGUCAUGAAGCUGCCUUUCAUGGCAUCUCCAUCUGACAAGGACUGCUUUGACGACGAGCUUUUCUUUGACAUGCCUGCUGACUUUGACGGUGUAGAAGUUUUAAAGACCUCAAUAAGUUAUGAUGAAAAGGUACAAAUGAGCUCUUUGAACGACAAAGUCGACAUACAGAGGAAGUCAUCUUGAGUCAUUCCUUUUUUACAUUAUUGUCAUUCCAACUGCAUUUUUCACAUUUUGCAAGUCUUACUGAUGUGUGACUGAUUAUUGUUCCUGUUGGAGAGAUGAAAUAUAUUUGGAAUUUGAGUUAAGACAUUCUUAAACAUUAGCCGCUCACCAAAAGCUGUUUACUGCUGCAGUUUGAGUUUUGAAUGUAAGAUAGAAAAGGCUAUGCAAGAGCGUAGAAUGUGAUGAU